AUGCGCACCCUCCUCCUCCUCUCCACCAUUCCCCUUGCAACAGCUACAGCCAGCACAGACCAAGAACUAGGCUACCUUCAAUGCGCGUCGGCAAUCGCACAAACCUACCACAGCCCCCAAUGCACCUCCCCCUCGGCAUUAGACUGCUUCUGUAACGCCCCGUUCGACCCUGCCGCUUUGGAUCAGGGGGUGUUGGAGGAUUGUCAGGGUGAGGGUGUUGACAUCGGCGAUAUCCCACGAUAUAUCUGCGAUGACGCGAGUGUGCCCGUCUCCCCGCGCAAGGGGAGUGUACCGAUGGUGCGGCUUGCGGAUGUUGAUGCUGGUGCGGGUGCGGGGGCGCAGCAGCAGCAGCAGCAGCAGCAUCGGGGUAGUUUACCCAUGGUGCGAGUGAAUGUCCCAAGUAGUGCGAGUGCGAGUGCGAGUGCGAAUGCUGUGUCAAGUAGUGCAGCGGUCACUCCGAGCAGCAGCCGAGCAGUGAAUACUCCCAGCAGUGCCGUUCCCAGCAGUGCCGUCCCUACCAGCAGCAUCGCCAGCAGUCCUCGAAGAGCAAGCCAACCGCUCAUGCGCGUGGACGACACCACCAACCAAGCCCAUACCCAACGCAAAGAGGCAAGAGCCUACAGUCCAAAUCUCCAUCCUAACGCUCUCCCUCUGGCAGAGGAUGCCUUGCCCGAUUCCUCUCUCUACAGUACCACUUCGACUGGAACAGGCACAGGCACAGGCACAGACACACAGACUGGUACUGGAACAGGCGCAUACACAGAUGCACAACCAGGCGCAUACACAGAUGCACAACCCGGCGCAUACACAGAUGCACAAACAGGCGCAUACGCACCUGCAACCGAAUCCUCCGCCGCCGCCUCCAGCCCCUACACCGACCCCUCCACUACAACCCAAACGAACCAGAAUACCCCCGAAGAGGCAGCAGCAGGAGCAGGCGCGUGGACCGGGACCGGAGCCGCGGAACUCGCCCCCAGCUCACCCCCCCUCGCCGCGGGCGGUCUCGCCAUCCCGACUCCCACCGCCGCCGUCGCCGCCGUCGCCGCCGCCGCCGGAGCUGAUGCCGCCGAAGCGACAGCCGCAGCGAUGCUACCCACCUCCGCAGCGGCGAUUCCCUCCUCUUACCCCAUGACGAUCAGGACAAGCAACGCCGUCGCAGCGAAAGCGACACCGUCGACGUCGACGUUUUCGUCGGUGAAGCUUGUGACUAUCGUGCCGUCUGGGGUGCCGGUUGUGACCGGGGUGGCAGGAUCUGGGGUUGCUGCUGGAGCUGGGUCUGGGUCUGGGUCUGGGGCGUUGUUCCAGGGAAGUGCUGCGGGGCGACUACGGAUUCAUCCGGUGGUGAUGGGGUUGGUUGGGGUUAUUGGGUUCUGGGUUGUGGGUUGA